CGUCACUCACGACCGUUUCGCACGCACCUCCACUCCAAAUGUCUCAGCCUCUCCAGAUCUCCUGAUUCCCGCCCCUCAUUGCUUCCUCGGAUCUCAUCGUUCGCGAAGAUGGCGACCAGCGUGGACGCCAAGCUGCUGCGGCAGACCAAAUUCCCGCCGGAAUUCAGCCGGAAGGUGGACAUGAAGAAAGUGAACAUCGAAGUCAUGAAGAAGUGGAUUGCCGGCAAGAUUUCCGAAAUCUUGGGCAACGAAGAUGAUGUUGUUAUCGAACUCUGUUUCAACUUGUUGGAAGGUUCCCGAUUUCCCGAUGUGAAGUCCCUUCAGAUUCAGCUUACGGGCUUCUUGGACAAGGAUACCGCCAAAUUUUGCAAGGAGCUUUGGUCGCUAUGUCUGAGCGCUCAGGAAAAUCCCCAGGGUGUUCCAAAGGAGCUACUGGAGGCCAAGAAGCUGGAACUUAUACAAGAGAAGAUCGAAGCCGAGAAGGCCGCCGAAGAAGCCCGCAAACAGAAGGAGCAAGAACGCACAAGGGAGAGAGAAUUGGAGGACAUCAGACGCAGAGAGCGCUCUGAGCGUGGGCGAGGAGGAGGGCCAGGGGGCGCAAGAAGAGGCGGUGGCCGUGGCGGUCGCGACUUCGACAGACGGCCGCGGUCUCCUCCCCGGCGUCGCAGCAGGGAGCGUUUCCGCGAGCCACCUGGACGGCGGGAGUUUGACUCGUACGUUCCUUCUGGACCUCGCAGAGGCCGUCGGCCUUCCUACUCCCCCAGCCGCUCACGUUCUCGAUCCAUCUCGUCGCGGUCACCACCACCGCCGCGCCGCCAGCAGCAGCAGCAGCAGCAGCAGCAGCAGCGGUACUCGAGUAGGGACCGGAACCGGCGACUUCGGUCCAUCAGCAAAUCCGUCUCGCCAGAUCGCGGAGACCGCAGCAGACGGCCCCGAAGACGCAGCCCUGAUUACGGUGAUCGCGCUCGAUCCCAUUCCCGCAGCCAUUCAUCCUCCCGCUCACGUACUCCCAGAAGAGACCGCAGAAGACGGAGAUCCGUCUCUUCCCGCAGUGCAUCGCGCUCGCGCUCGCCCGGCGUGAGAGACAAAGGCAGACGACGGGACUCGUCGGGGUCCCGCUCGCGUUCCAGGUCGCCCAGGUCGGAUGCCAGUGGCGCCCGACGACGGAGGAGAUCUUCGCCUUAUUCUUCACGAGUUGAUAAGAGAGAACUUACCGCUGAUAUUGCCAAGGCCCGCAAACCCCGUGAUGACCGCCGCUUGAGCCGCAGUAGAAGUCGCGAUGACCACCGCAGACGCCGACCCUCCUCGCGGGGGUACAACCGUGAUCGCAGCCGCAGUCGAGGCCGGUCCCGCAGCGCCAGCCAGGGCUCGCGCAGUCGCAGCCGGAGCCAUAGUCGAGGAGGCCACGCAAGGGACCGCAAGAAGCGUCGUUCCAUCGAGAGAUAUGCCCCCGCAGGCCGGAAACGGCGCAAUACGUCUUCCGUGUCCGCUCCUGGUGACAAACGACAGAGGAUGGCUGAUGAUAAUGAAGCGACAAGACGACCUGAACCGCCAGCAGAGCGACCGAGCGGCAGCAGCGAUCCGGAGAUGAAGGCAGCCGACGAGGUGGGUGAAUAAAUUUUUUCGAGGAGAAAAAUCUACCACCACCAAAAAGCUAUCGAUAUGGCCUUUUCAUGAUGUCCGUUCAAUAUUCUCAACAUCCCUCGUGAAACGAAGCUAACAUGAUGAUUGUUUUUGUCUAGCCUGCUCCCUCCAGAUCUACCCACGCCCGCAUAUCCAACUCGGAAUUACGCGAG